UGGGAAAUGAUUGUUAUGCCAUGGCACACGCAGGGCCCAGUCCCGGAGGGACCACGAGGACGUCAGCAUAAGCGGUCACCACAAUAACGGGGCUCAGAACAGAAUAUAAAUACAAAUGGCGGUUCCGGUGUGAAGGCAAUUUUGAUGUUAGAGAGGGCAAGAAGAAGAAGGUAGGUAAGGUAGUGAAGAAGAUAUCAUAUAUACGUCGGAUAAUCGGAUAAUCGUCGGGUACUCGCAUGCAUCGUCCAAGCUCUGCUUAAUCUUAUCACCACGUGCCGAUCAUGUUCGGAUCAAUAUCAACCAUCGCCGUCCUCCUCGCCUCGCUCCAUCUCUCCGACGCUCUCCCACAACCUCGCUCACCCAUCUCGGAGAGGGACUCGACAAACCCGUUAUCCAGGAGAACAUCACAGGCCGAAUAUGUCAACAAUGCAAUUGCCGCCUUCAACCAGAUGCAGACCUGGUAUGACAAGUCGACCGGACUCUGGCAAGGCUCUUGGUGGCCGAGUGCCAACGCUCUCACGACAAUUGCGGACUUCCAAGCCUACUUUCCCGGUGAACUUCUGUCAAUCACCGACCUUGUGUACCCAAAUACCCUUGCAAAUGCUCCCAAGAGCUUCGGUUCUGGCGGCUUCCUGGAUGGAUUCUACGACGAUGAGCUGUGGUGGGCUCUUGGUUGGAUCCAGGUAUAUGAUGUGACCGGCGACCCCAAAUACCUCAAUACCGCGACUGCGAUAUUCGAGGAUGCGAAAGCCGCCUGGGGUACCACACCAUGCAAUGGUGGCAUCUGGUGGGACAAGGCUCACACGUACGUGAACGCAAUCGCAAACGAGCUCUACAUCACCACCGCUGCCAAGCUCGCAAACCGCUCGCCCCAUUCUCCAUCCGAUGGUUACUACUGGAACGAGGCCCUCAAGGCCCACGAUUGGUUCAUGGCCUCUGGGAUGAUCAACUCCGAUAACGUCGUGAACGAUGGUCUUAACUCCAACUGCCAAAACAACGGCUAUGAAACCUUCACCUACAAUUCAGGGGUGAUCUUGGGUGGUCUGACUGAGAUGGCCUGGGCGUCAGGGGAUAACUCCUACAACGAAAAGGCCAACACCCUCGCGCUGGCUGCCAUCGCGCACUUCACUGACAGCAAUGGCAUUCUGCACGAGCCCUGCGAACCUAAUUCCUGCGAUUCCGAUGAGCAGCAAUUCAAGGGCAUCCUUGCCCGGAAUAUCAAUUUCAUGGUCAAUCGGGCGACCAACCUUCCGGAAUCGACGAGGGAGACGUAUGUCAACUUCCUGCAGAAGAACGCCGAUUCCAUUUGGGCGCAUGACCAAUCUAAUGAUUUCCUGGGCCUUGUGUUCAACGGGCCUCCUGGUACAGCGACGAUCCAGACGCAGGGCUCGGCCUUGGAUGUGAUCGUCGGUGCUGCUGCUGCUUUUUAA